GUUAUCAUCUCGUGUUUGAUAAGUUUUCUUAUUGUCGUCAAUGGCAAUAUAUAUGUGUGUAUGAAUGCGUGUACAAAUCUCAAUGGACGUAGAAUAAGUGAUCAUAUUAUAUGUGUAUACAAAACUAUAAGUAAUUGUUAAGCCUAAUAUGGAUGUUAUUUCCAAGUGUCAUUGAACACCUCCAAGUAGCUUUCCAAGACCAGACUCUUGCCCUUUACCAAUUCACUUCCACUUCGUAUUGACUGAAAAAAAAACCCAAUGGUUUUGUUGAUAUAAUCUUGGGAAAUGUUGAUUUUGACUAACUUGAUCAAAUCCCAUCUAUAAAUUCACCCACCUCUUCAUCGGUUUCAUUCACAUUCCGAAUCAAAACCUCAUAUCACUCUCCACAAAUUAAAGCUUACCUCAUAUUUUUAAGAGAUCAAGAAAAUGGACAAGAAAGACGAUUGUGCUAAAUCUGGUAACGUAGCACAAACUGGUGUGGCUGGAUCUGGUUCGGGUCAUAUGGUGGCGCCAGGGACUGGAGGUGCAGUUCAGAUACCUAGGGAUGCUUUCGAAGCUAACACUAAGGCCUAUUUUGACGACCUUCAUGCCAAGGACAAGGCAACCAAGUGAGAAGUGUUUAGUGGUUUAAAAUAAUAACCAGCACCUUCUUUCUUUAUGAUGUGACUCUCCUAUUAUGAUCAUAAUUUUAAAUAAAAUGAGUUAUUAUAUUUC